UUCAGCUGAGAUGUGUAGGGACUGUGACAUAUGAAAUUUUUCUCCAAUGUGUUUUUGUGGUCCAUUUGCAGCGGCUUAAGAGUUCGAUUUGUUAAGGAUCUACCAAAAGCAUGUCGCGCCGUAACGAUUUUCCAUCCAUGCUGAUAUUCUGCAGGCGCAACAUGACUUACGCAGGUAUUUGGAGAUUCAACAUCAGCAAAAUCCCCAUGCUGCAAGGCAUCUACACGAUUUACUCCAUAUUCGUCUUUGUCUAUUUUCCGAUAUUCUUAACUUCAUUGACCCUUCAGUUCGUAAUUAUGAUGAUGUGUGAUGAGGAGUUCAAAAAUGCCCCGCAGAAUAUCUUUCGCACGAUUACGUUAAUGAUAACUUUGUGGACGGUCGAAGUCAAAGCAAAAUUAAGUCAAACUAGAAUGAUCACCAGGAUUAUUUCUUACAUCGUCGACGAGGAGAAGAAAAUCAGGGAGUGUCUCGACAACGAUGUGUUAUGGUGUUAUAACAGACAAGCGAUGUUCUGCAGAAAAUCCAAUUUUAUACUUUUUUCCGUCACGAUGACAGUGGCGGUCGCCAUGAUAUUGGGCAACGUCAUACAGAGACGGCAGAUUGAUAUCCACAAUGCGAUACACAACGACAGUAUGACAAAACACUUCACUUACGAAUUAUAUUAUGCCGGUCUUGAUCAAAUAUUGUCUGAAAAUUUAUUGGAAAUAAUGAACGACGUGUCCGUUCUAAUAGCUGCCGCACUGGUUUCUUCUACCCAGCUUAUUUUUAUCUCUUGUAUAAUUUUUUCCACUUCCUUGUUGAAGAUCAUGCAAGUUAAAUUCAGGAAAAUGAAAAGUUACGGCGACUAUAUCAUCACUUUGACGGAACUGAUAACAGAGCAUCAGAAUGUUAUAAGUUUUGUAGGAAAAUUAAACGAUGCAAUGAAACACAUCAUACUUCUUGAGUACCUGCUUCAUUCGUUGAACGUAGCUUCGGUUUCGUUGCAGUUUAUAAAAUCGGAACACAACAUAUCAAUGGCAUUUCCGGUAUGCUAUUUCGGACUUCUUGUGGUGCAAACGUUCUUGCUGGGCUGGAACGCCAACGAAGUUAAGGUUCAGAGUUUGGCGAUGGCUGACGCAUUUUGGGAAAGUCAGUGGUACGAGCCAAACUACAAGGCCAAACAGCUAAUGCUCGUUCUGUUGAUGCGUAUGCAGCGACCUUUGGUACUAACAAUUGGACCAUUCGAUGCAAUGACUAUUCAAUCAUCUCUGACUAUAAUGAAAGCGUCGUACUCGUAUGUGACAGUGAUGAUUUGAAGUUGAUGAUUUGUUGUACUGAAUAAAACAUUUUUGAGAAAUGAAAGAUGGUCCUACCGGAAUUCCCAAUGGACCUUUCUUUCAGAAGAGAUCUUUUCGAAAAUGCAACAUUUGAAGGCAUCCUAUUUACUAACUUUUGGGGUAGAAUGCCAAUCUCAGAAUAUGUAUACGUAAGUCAGAUCAAAAAAACUUGUACAUAUCAUAUAUCAUUAUGCCAUUUCAUAAUUAUAUUUAUUGUUCUUUUAAUUAUUUUAUUAUUAAUUGUUAUUAUAUUUUUGAGUAAAAAUUGAAUAAUUUACAAUAGUGAAAUUUACUUUAAAAAACGUUAUUUAAAUAUUACUUGUGUUGCUGAAAUUAAUGUUUUAAAAUAAAUUAAUGACUCUUUUAAAUAAAUUAUUUUGUCCUUGGUUUUCAAAAUAAAUAUAAACAUUAUAUAAAAUCCUUCAAUAAUCUAAAAUUUAAAAUAAAAAAUAAUAACAUUCCGGUUCCAUUAUCCAGUAUUAUAUGAAAUAAGGUCCGAUUGCUUUUUGACCACACCUUGUAUAAUUAUUUUGAUUCUGAAUUCUGCGCAAAUAGUUAUGUAAGCAGCCGUAACUUAACAUAAGAAAAGUGUAGGGUAUACUGUAUCUUAUGUAGUUUAUUGCAAUAUAUUUUAAAUUGAGCCGAUAAAAUAUUAUAAUCCAGUAACACAGAAAUAAUAAAUAUUAAUAAUGUCAAUUAAGAAAAAUAUUCUAGAAAGAAUUGAACUCGUUUCGAAAAUAAAUUGAUGGGUAUAAAAAUAGAAUCAAAUAACGUGAACGCGAUACUUACAUAAAAUACAAUUGCUACAUGCGUCUCGGAAGUCGGAACUACUUUUUUGAUUCAACGGCCAUUUCCAGGCUCCGAUAUCUUUCAAAAAUAAUUAUUCAAAUUCUGCUCUCCAUCUAAUUGCUUUGCUGGCAUGGCAAUUUUGAUAAGAAUUUUUGUAAAAUGUCAAAGAGGCAAAGAAACAAAUAAAAUAUUGGCCUGUCACGUCCCUGAUGAGGCUGUAAAAACCGUGCGACAAUUGUCACGCUUAUAAAUUUACAACAACUUUAUCGUCACUGAAAAAAUAAGCCUCUGGAAAUACAGUCUGGUAGAUCAUAUAUUACAAUCAGAAAAAUCAGAAACACUAUGACACUACCUAGAUUUUCAAUUUGAGAAAUUAUGUUUUCAAUUUUAAGUUCUUGCGUGUGCUGGUUGGUACUUUAAAUAUUGGCCAUAUUUUGUUAGCAAAAAUAGAAACCAUUACCUGUUUUUUUGGUUUUUAAGACAUAAUUAUUAAAAAUAAUGAAUAAUUUUAUGAAUAAUAAUUAUAGAAAAUGCAAUAAUAGUGGUGCAAUAGCUAUUUUUAAUUUUUCCCCAGAACUGUAAGGUUUUAUUUAUAUAUGUACUUUGAUAUGAUAAAUUUUAGAAAACAAUCAUUACGUGUCAAAUAAAUAGCGCCCACUUAGGCUAUUAAAUCAAGAAAAUGGUUAAAACCCAGACUAGAUGACCGCCCAAGUAUUUCAUGUAUGCACCUAAAAUAUAUAGAAAAUAUAAAAAAAUGAGACAAAUUCCUUUCUGUUUACUGAAUGCCUACAACGCAAUAUAUCGAAUAAUGGCGUCCCGGCAUAUUGAUCUAUUGAAUCAUCAUAACGAAUUUGAGAGGACUAUUUUUUCCGAAAUGUCCGAUAAGUGAGAGAAACAUGACUCUCUAUUAAUUUCAUAAUUUUUUGAAAAUAACUGUUUAUUUUAGUGGAUUAUAAAGAAAGAAUUAUGGGGAAACUACAAUCAGACGUAAUUUUGACUGGUUUUAUUAAACAACUUAUUUUGGGUGUUAUUCUGAAAUGAGGUUUUUGAAAUCUUUACAUUAUUUGUGUCGCUUAAUUUAAAGCAAAUGAAAAAUCCACAUUCAACUAUUUUUUCGUUCGCAUUAUUCAAAAUUUCGUUAUGAAAAAAAAACUACCCAAAAUUACAGAGUAAUUCUAAGAACUACAUCAAAUUCCGUUCCAUUUCCAGGCUCGUUUGCAAAACGCUGCUUUAGGAAAAACUAGCUGAAUAAAUGAUCGUAAUUCCGAGAGCUCGCUCUUCCCGGCGAUAAUUUUUACCGACGCCAGCGGUUUCGGCCAGCGUAAUGCGUUUACCGUUCUUAUUUUACCUUUUGUUUGAAACAUUAAAAUUAACACGGAUUUCCUGGUUACAAAAAAGAAGGCGCCAGGGAUUGAAAGAGUUAAAAUGUUGCGUCUUGAAACGAAACUGUUUCAGGUCGCACUGUUGCUAAUUUAUUAUUGUUUCUGUACCAGAAUAAGAUGCCUAUGAAAUGAUUUUAAGGAAAAAAUAUCCAAUAGACCUCCCGACUUUUGAGCUAGAGUGUUUUUAUUAUAACUAUGAUAAUUUCCUAGAUAUUAAAUUUGGCAAAAUUUGGCACAUGCAUAUUUUCUAUCUAUAAGGUGUCCCGGAACGUUUUCCCCAUUUACACAAUACGAAUAUUGCGAGAAGUAGUGGGAGUAAAAGCUUUUGCGUUCAUUGAAACUCAAAGCGGCUCGAUUCCAAUGAAGCGAUUCACCGGUGAACAACGGGGGCACCUUCGGCGAGGUGAAUUAGAUUUUGGGUUAAUAAAUUUGAAAGAAUCUAUACGCAGCCUAAAGCUUGUCCGAGGACUGCGAGAUAUUUUGAAAAUAUUGAACGAGUUCGCAUCACAGAACUCCCGGUGUUCGGAAAAAUUGCAGCGGCCUUAUAUUUCGCCAAAAUGGCUGUUCACAAUAUGCUGUAGUAGAAGAUUAUCCAUUUCACAUUGCUCAUGAGACUUCAAUACUAAACAAUUUCGAAACUUUUGGCGGUAUCUUAUUCCUCAGAAGUUCCGCAAGAGAAAGUGAAGUGAAAGAGAAGAGUACGGGCUGCAAUAGACGCCCCUUUUUUUUCCAAAAUGCCGCACUUGCGCCUACUGAUCUUCAAUACAAUGACAAUUUUUGUGAGAUUAGAACUCGCUAAUUUAGCUGAGAAUACUUGCUGUCAACGUCUGCGAAGAUUAACAUUUAAACGGAGGAUAUUAACGUAAUUUAACUCCCAUGGAGUUACGACAAGUUAGUUACGAUUCCAAGAAAUUUCAACCAGACGAGACAAGGAAUCCGUAACGAAAUUCGGAAUAUCCCUCCACCAUGAUCUGUCGGUGAGUAAUUGCGCAUUUCUGGUUCUGUGUUGAUCAAGUAAAACAGUGCGAAGGAAGACAUCUCUAUCAUUUAUUUCACUUUUCUUAAAAUAAAAUUUGUUCCAAAUUUUGCUACUACAACAUCAGAGACUGGACACACACCCAUGGUAACACAUUAGGGAAGACUGCCAUAUUGGUCGCCAACAUAGGAGAAGGAGGUGGUUGAUGAUGUUUUAUAUUUAAGGAUGCGUUCCAUAGAUGAUCCGAGAAUCUGGAACCAAACCUUCUCACCUUAAUUGAAAAAUGCUUGUCUGGAACAUAUUUUUCUUAUAACGAUCAAAUUUUUUAACAAACUUCGGGAACCGCUUUGAGUUCUCCACUAUCACCAGUCAUCGCGAAUAUAUUUAUGGAAGCCUUUGAGAAGAAAGCUCUCGACACCUUCCAUCCAAAACCAAAAUUAUCGAAACGCUACGUCGAUGAUACUUUUGUUAUUUGGCAUCAUGGUCAGGAAUCUCUAGUAGAUUUUCUUCGAUAUUUGAACUCUAUACACCCUAACAUACGUUUUACCAUUGAAAUAGAAACUAAUAACAAUCUCCCAUUCUUAGAUAUUCCUAUCAAUAGAAAAUCAGAUCUAACAUUGGGUCAUUUUGUUUACAGGAAACCUACGCACACAAACCGAUACCUUAAUGCAUUGUUACAUCACCAUCCGGCCCAAAAAUCAUCGGUUAUCAACUGUCUUGUUUACAGAGCCGUAAAACUUCUGCUCUUCUCUCUAACAUAUUCGAUCCGUUAAAGAGAAAAUUUCAUUUGAGGUGCCAGGAGUUUACAGCAUUCCGAGCAUAUGCGGCAAAGAAUACAUUGGAGAGACCGGACGAAAAAUAUCAACUAGGCUCAAAGAACAUGAAAGUGCCUUAAGACUAAAACAAAUAAACUCAUCAGGUGUUGCCGAAAUCACGAAACCGGUCAUAAAAUUUUAUUCGAUAAAACUAAAAUUAUUGCAUGUAAUCAAUUCUUCUACUAACGAAAAAUCAGAGAGUCCAUAGAAAUCUAUAAGCAACCUAACAAUCUUAACCGUGACUCUGGUCUCUACCUGUCAACAAUAUGGGACCCCGCUUGGGGAUCGCCCCGUGUGUGAGGCGGGGAGCUCUCGAAGCUUGGGCGAGAGACCGGGCCGCGGUGGGCUGGAGAGUUGCUCCGGGAAUGAGGCAGGCGAGGCUUAUGAUGGAUGGGCCCGCCCUCCCUCGGAC